AAUCAUUUUUGAAUAUAUAACCAUUCAUUUUUUUUUCAAAGUUUAAUUAUUUAUUUAUUUUUGUGAAAUCAUGUUUACUUUCUUAAAAUAGUCUAUCUAGCUUCCUUGAACUUUGCAUUGUCACUCACUCAAUUUGUGAAGCAUGAUCCAAGUAAGAAAUACACCACUAGCUCCCUAGUAUUUGUGGAUGUAUAUCCCAUAACCAAAUAUAGAAACAAUUCAUAGACUUGAUCAUGAAAUGUACAUAAAAAUAUAUGAAGGAGGAAUCAUAAACAUUUAUGUCAUUGUACUUUAAUUUACUACUACAAAUUCUUAAGUAGUGCAAAAAAAAAAGGUCAUGGUUAAUUUGGGAAAUAAUGUUCAUGAUCAUCAAAGAAAGUUGUCAUUAUUGUUGAUUGUUAUUAAUUGUUUGAUGAUAAUUAGAAGUAGUUUUGGUGAGCUUGAAAGGUUUGAACAUCCACCCAAAGAUGAUGGCUCACUUAGCAUUUUGGUGGUUGGAGAUUGGGGAAGAAAUGGUCAUUUCAAUCAAUCCAAAGUUGCUCUCCAGAUGGGACGUAUUGGAGAGAAAUUAGAUAUAGAUUUUGUGAUAUCAACAGGAGAUAAUUUCUAUGAUAAUGGACUAAAGAGCCUAACUGAUCCUAAAUUUCACAACUCAUUCACAAAUGUUUACUCUGCUAAAAGCCUUCAAAAGCACUGGUACACUAUAUUGGGAAAUCAUGACUACAGGGGAGAUGUAGAGGCACAAUUAAGCCCUCUUCUUCGAAAUAUUGACACUCGCUGGUUUUGCCUAACAUCUUUUCUUCUUAAUACAGAAACGGCAGAAUUCUUCUUUGUGGACACGACUCCAUUUGUUGAGAAUUACUUUGCUGAGAGUGAACAUAGUUAUGAUUGGAGACAAGUAUAUCCCAGAAGGACUUACCUUGCCAACUCUCUUAAGGAUUUGGAAAAAGCAUUGGGAGAAUCAAAUGCCAAGUGGAAGAUUGUGGUGGGUCACCACCCAAUUAGAAGUGUUGGGCAUCAUGGUGAUACCCCAGAGCUUGUAAAACACCUUCUGCCACUGCUCCAAGCAAAUGAUGUUGAUCUUUACAUUAAUGGACACGAUCACAGCUUAGAGCACAUUAGUAGCUCGGAUAAUUCAAUUCAAUUUUUAACAAGUGGAGCGGGUUCGAAAGCAUGGAGAGGAGAUUAUGAUCAUGUUAAAGAUAAGAGUAGAAAUAAAAAUAGAAGUAUGGUGAGAUUUUUUUACGAUGGACAAGGUUUCAUGUCUUUACAUCUCAACCCUAACCAUGCUCACUUUCUCUUCUAUGAUGUUUUUGGCAAUAUUUUGCACUCUUCCAAACUCACCAAACAUCUCCACUACUCCUCCAUUUAAUUACUUAAUUAAUAAUAAUGAUAUGUUGUAUAUAUGUAUGUAUCUAGCUAGGUACAUUAUGAUAUAUUUAUGUAUAUGUAAAUUUAUGUAGCUACGUUCUUCAUCUCAUUUGAAGACAUAUUUUCCUUGUGUACAAUAAUUAAUAUAUGGCUCAUUUAUUUUGUUUAUAAUUAAGUAUA